CUUUCGCCUGGCAAGUCGAUUUCAAAGGCUGACUCAUGUUCUGGUAAUGUGAUCAAGUCCAAGUCUUCAGGUGUUGAAUCAAUAAGCAGAAAUACUUCAAGGUCCGAUAAACCUGAACGGGAGAAGAGUAUUCAACCGCAACCCCUGGUUCUCCAAAAUAUUUCAACCAAAGAGCCUAACUUUUCUUUCUUGAAUGAAAAAGAAAAAUCUCCUGAUUCUGCAUGGACCUCAAAAAGUGCCUGCUUUUUGGAAGCAAAUAAAGGAAUGGUUCUACCAAGGGAACGUCUGUUCAAAAUGGCGGAUGAUCUGUUGCCAAAUGAUGUGUUGACUGUUGUAUGUGAGAUGGAAGUUACCGUAGUUGUGAAGGUUUCUGAAUCAACUUUGGUUAACGAGAGUACUUCUUCCAAUAAUGGAACCAAGUUGUUGAUUGAAAAUCUCCAAAAUGCGUUUGAAAAUCCCAGAUUUUCCGACGUGACAUUGAAAGUGGGCGAUGUCCAGUUUCCUGCUCACAAGAUCAUCCUGGCGAACCGUUCCAAAGUAUUCGACGCGAUGUUCGACAGUGAAAUGAAAGAAAGUCAGGAAAAUGUCGUGAAUCUGGUGGAGAUGAAGCCUUCUGUUGCCAAGGCCAUGCUGAGUUACAUCUACAGCGGAAGCAUCCAGGAACUCUCCGUGGAUAGAGCGACAGACCUGUAUGUGGCGGCCGACAGAUAUGACAUGCCAGAGCUGAAGCAAUGGUGCAAGGAUUUUAUUCUGAAGCACAUUUCUCCGGAUUUCGCUUGUGAUGUGGCUAUACUGGCGAAUUUGCACGACGAUGAAGAACUGGCCAAAGCGUCGAAGCACACAAUCAAGAAUAACUUGAAGGCAGUUCUGAGCUCUGAGAAAUGGCUUUCUCUUUCCAAGGAAAGCCCUGCUGUGUACUUGGAGCUGUUACAAGUGGCUUUGUUGGAUGAUAGCGACUGAUUUCACAAAAAAGAGUGAAAGCAGAUGAAGACAACUAGAUUUUUGAAAGACUUAUUUGUGUAAAAAAUUAAGUCACUUUCACUUUUGGCGAAAAUUUAGAAGUAAUCAAAAGAAGAAUAAAAUGAUACAGACAUAUUAUGAAUCACAAAAGAAAUGCCACAAUUUUCCUAUUUUUUUUAAAAAAAAGCUUUGUAUGAAUGUUCUUCAUCUUGUAUAGUAUUGACACGUAUUAAA